GAUUGUUUUCACAGCUUCUUUCCACGGUCUUGACUCCCCCAGAUCCUCUCCAUUCCACAAUGCCAUCUCCGCCCCCUGACUGGGUCCAGGCUCUCAAGCCAGCUGAUCCGCAGGGCUCCCAAUUGCUCCACGAUGAGCGUGCUCAGUCCAACGUCGCAGUUGAUAAGCUGGGCCAAUUGCUUCACACCAAGCAAGCUCUCGAGCGUCAAGACAAAAUUCUGUCUAUCCUCAAGUCAGAAAAGGUCUUUGACAAGUCCGACAACCACACACUAGGCCGCACCGAGCGCAUUCAACGGUCCCUGGCCAAGGCUAAGCGGCUGCAUCAGCUGGCUGUGCAGAACCGCUGGUCGGACGCCGAAUUUCUCACUGCAAACGACUUGCUUGCAGAGCCCACGCCGUAUGGCUUGCACGCGACCAUGUUUCUGGUCACCUUGCGGGAACAAGGCACUCCGGAGCAACACAAGCUUUUCUACAAACCGGCACGAAACUACAAGAUCUUGGGAUGUUAUGCGCAAACGGAAUUGGGUCACGGGUCAAACGUCCGCGGGCUGGAGACGACCGCCACCUGGAACCCCGAAGACAAGACAUUCAUCAUCCACUCCCCCACACUGACUGCCUCCAAAUGGUGGAUCGGGUCGCUGGGACGCACUGCCAACCAUGCAGUCGUGAUGGCCCAGCUCUUCAUUAAGGGCAAGAACUACGGUCCUCACCCGUUCGUGGUGCAAAUCCGUGAUAUGGAGACCCACCAACCUUUGGAGAAUGUAUAUGUCGGUGAUAUUGGACCGAAGUUUGGCUACAACACGAUGGACAACGGCUUCCUUCUCUUCAAUAAGGUCAAGAUUCCCCACGUGAACAUGCUGGCGCGGUUUUGUCGCGUCGACCAAGCGACCAGCGAGUACCAGCGCCCGGCAUCGCCUUCGUUGCUCUACGGUACCAUGACCUGGGUCCGCUCCAACAUUGUCCUUCAGGCUGGUGGCGUCCUUGCCCGGGGUGUCACCAUUGCCACCCGUUACUGCGCUGUGCGUCGACAGUUUCAAGAUCGCGAUGCCAAAAGCCACGAAGGGGAGAACCAGGUCCUCAACUACAAGAUGGUCCAGAUCCGUCUUCUGCCUCUGCUGGCGUCGAUGUAUGCCCUGCACUUCACCGGUCGCGGUAUGAUGCGACUCUACGAGGAGAAUCAGAGCCGCAUGAAGGCUGCCUCGGAGCCGGGACAGGACAAGCGUGGUGCCGGACCCGAGCAGUUGAGGGCUGGAGCCGACCUGUUGGCGGAUCUUCAUGCCACAUCUUGCGGUCUCAAGGCUCUGGCUAGUACGACGGCCGGUGAAGGCCUGGAGGUGUGCCGUCGUGCCUGUGGUGGUCAUGGAUACAGCAGCUUCAGCGGUAUCGGACCCUGGUACUCGGACUAUCUGCCUACCCUGACGUGGGAAGGCGACAAUUACAUGUUGACCCAGCAGGUGGCAAGAUACCUCCUGAAAUCCGCUCGUGCUGUGCUUGCUGGCAAGGGAACCGGCAAUGACACCUCGCAGAUCCUCCAGACCUACCUCUCCCGCCGCGACAAGGGCGCCUCCUUCGACAUUCUUGGCAAGGACGAGGACAUUGUGGCGGCCUUUGCUUGGCGCACGGCUCACAUGACCUUCGAGGCCCUCAAGCAUCGCGAUGUCGAGAAGCGCUCGUGGAACAGUCUCUUGGUCGACUUCUGGCGCCUGUCUACUGCCCACUCGCAGUACCUGGCGGUCAAGAACUUCUAUGAGGCUGUCAACUCGUCGGAGGUGGCGUCGGCAGUGGAUGGGGCGACCACCGAGGUCCUGCAGAAGCUGUUCCGCCUCUAUGCUCUGCAUACUCUGGAGCGGGAGGCGUCGGAGUUCUUCUCGUCCAGUGCUGUGACUGUUCGUCAGAUUGGAUUGGCUCGCGAGAACGCUGUGAUGAAGCUUCUGGACGAGAUCCGGCCACACGCCGUGCGGUUGGUGGAUGCAUGGCAGAUCCCCGACUGGCAGCUGGACAGCAGUCUGGGCAAAUAUGACGGCGACGUAUACCCUGAUCUGUUCCGGCGGGCGAGUCAGAACCCGGUCAAUGACCUGGUGUUCGAUCCGUAUCCUUGGAACGCGGCUGUGCUGAAGAAUAGCCCGCCCAAGAGCAAGCUAUGAUUGUGGUAUGGAGUUAUUGUCAUGGGGUAUCGGGUGGUAGAUAUAGAUCUAGAAAAUCUAUAGACUAGAGGACUUAGAGGCUAGAGGCUAGAGGGCUAGAAUCAACAUGC